AAGUGUAUCUUUUCAAAUCAUUAGUGUAACUCAUCACAUGAUACAAGCUCCUCCUCAAAGUUUCCUGUAGGUAUGAAGCCUGGAAACAGGAAGUGCCUUGUGUUUAUUGGAGAAUAAUAAGCAUUAUAGUGUCACACCUCCUCACUGAGGUAUGCAGCUCAGUAUACACAUACACACACACACACACACACUGGUCUGCUUUUCAUUAGACAGCCCACCAUGCUUCAACGUACAUGUAGACCUCGUUAACAUGUGUGGCUUCUGUCUACCAACAAAUCACUGUGAUUAUCUCGUACCAUAUUCACCCAAAACACACACACAUUGUCAAGUCCUUCACUUUCAGAAAAGCAGUCAGAACAAAAGCUGUGGGUUUUCAACUAUGUGCCAUCUGCCAUUCCAACAGUGAUCACACCUGCAUUUUCUUUCUUUGGUCUGAGUCAGAGGUGAAAACUUUUUGUUCACUCUGAUCUGUUACAAGUUAAGAAAAGUAACAUGGACCCACAAGUUGCUUAAUUAAUUUAACAGGAACUUGGUCAUAUCACCAGAUUAGAGAUCUUGAGACUCUCCUCUGCAUAAGAAUGCCAGAAUUGAUUGUUUCCUUUCAGUAGCAAAGCAUGUCACCUCAUGUCAAGUGUCAUUACACACAACAAUGGCCCCCAGCUUAGAAAGCACAACUUCACUGAAUGACAAACAACUCUGCAACCAUUGGCUCUGUGCAUGUGUGUGUGUUUGAGGAGGGCUCUGGAAAAGGGGCACAUAGGGACACAGAGUUAAGAGUGAAGAAGGAAAAAUAAGAUAAAAUGCAACAGAAUGCAGAUAAAUCAUCUGCAACCCCCAAACUGAUGUUGAGUGCCCAACUAAAGAGCCACACCGACCUCUAGGAAGCCUUCAACCUCAGCUGAUCUUACUGAAGAAAAAAAAAACGACCCAUAGCAUCAGUGGGCAAUGCUUACAAGUCAAGAGGAAGAAGGAGCGUAUAAAUGCUUGAGAGCAAAGAAGAACAGGAACCUUUAACUGCUGAGACAAGAGGUUGAGUUCGAUUCCCAAGUUGAUCUGCAGUGGCGGCUUGUCACCACCUCUGGAGGAACUCUGUGGAUCUAUGAGUCACAUGCAGGACUGUGCUGCCAUCAAGGAACUCUGAUUCAACGCAAAUUACAAAUUACAGAAACUUGAUAUUGACCUCAGCCUGUCAUGAAGGUUUUACUGUGUAUGCUUGGCAAGCACCUGUUAAAUGGGAAUGGAUGUAUUUAUACAUUAGGUAGAAGUGGACCACCCAAAAGUCAAAGUGCUUAACAUUUUUUGUUAUAUCUUGAAAUAUCAGUGGUGAUGGGAAUAAGUCAGAAAUUUGGAAGAUAAAUUGUGUCCAAGUGGGCGAAUUAAAUCCUCCAAAGUGAGAAAGUGAGAGAAACCAGGGAUAAUUUACCUUAAAAUGUCAGUUAAAGAAACUCAAUUGAAACUGUUGUAGUUUGUAACGUUUUUUUAGGUUAAGAUAGAGUAUUCAUUUAUCAGAACAUCCAGCAACAGUCUCACUCCUCACCUGUUGCUGUGCCUGGCGUUGGCUCAGCCCGCCUGUAUAAUUUGGGAUGUCUAAUUGCUCUUUUAGGAUAGUUCAGAAGAGGAGUUCAGAGGAGAGAGCUGUUCCGCACUCAGCCACUGUGUAAUUUUAUCCACGCCGCAGUCUCUCACUUCACACAGGGCUGAUACCUUUUGCCUCCCCCUUUCCUUUGUAUCAAUUGGUCGGAGUUCAGCCUAUUGUCGCCACAAGCUUCUUUUAUAUCUGCGCUCAGUCUGAGCAGAAGCUCUCAGUCAGAUCCACAGGAGGGAUUUCCAGCAGCAGCAGAGGCAGAGGCGAGGAGCGGAUCCUACCUCGGGGGCGGCUGUGCUGUCAGCGGUGUCUCUCGGCUCGGAUGUGCGCUGGGCUGGAGCUCUCCAGCGUUGGGGCCCCGACUUUUUAAUGGGACCCCGAGAGCCGGGCAGGAGUUCUCCGUUUUUUCGCCACAAUUGUCGCUCCUCGGCCAUGCCACAAUGCUGAUGAUACCUCUGCUGGUGUUGCUGAGCCUGUUGGAUCCCGUUACUCCCCGGGCCCGCUGCGCCCCGGGCCAGGCUUGCGACCCCCGGCAGCGGAGGGACGCCGGGGGCCGCGGAGGAGUGUAUGAACACCUCGGAGGAGCGCCGAGACGAAGAAAACUUUACUGCGCUACUAAAUAUCAUUUACAAAUUCAUCCUAAUGGGAAAAUAGAUGGAUCAUUGGAGGAAAACAACCCAUUUAGCAUCAUGGAAAUCACAGCAGUGGAUGUGGGUGUUGUGGCCAUAAAAGGGCUUUUCUCUGGCAGAUAUCUGGCCAUGAAUGAUAAAGGACGGCUGUAUGCCUCGGAAGUGUUCAACAAAGAGUGUGAGUUUGUGGAGCGGAUCCACGAGUUGGGGUACAACACCUACGCGUCCCGACACCACUCUACCGAGCAGCCGUUGCCACCAGGGGGCAGCAGCAGCAGCAAGCGGCGAGCCAGUGCCAAGCGGCAGUGGUACGUUUCCAUUAACGGGAAAGGCCGGCCACGGCGAGGUUUUAAAACCCGGAGCACUGACAAAGCCUCGCUUUUCCUGCCUCGGGUAUUGGGUAACAAGGACCAUGAGAUGGUGAGGCGGCUGAGAGACAGUCCAAGCGCACACCACCACACGCAUCAUCACGGAAGCCGUGGUGAACGCCGGAGACGCCGGCAUCGUGCCAGGAAAGGCAGGGGUCGACGGCCAGAUGACUGAGCAAACUGUUAGAUGUGGAGCUGACUGUGGUUCCUCCAAACAUGGACCCCUAAUCUCAGUGCAUACUGUAGCUUCAUUGCAAUGGAGGAUGUGGAAAAAACAGUUGGGAUCCUGCCUUCUGGAUUAGCCGAAGUUUCUGUUGUUGACACAGAGAAAAACAUCCAUAGAAGAAGAAGGAAAGACCUGAACAAGGCCACCCAAAUCCUCUGAUUGAAGAGACUUUAAAAAACACACACACACACAAAGUCAACCCAUCUGUAUAAUCUUCUAUUUACUGAUGUCUAACUUCUUCAAAAUGCUACUGUCUUGUAACAGAUGUCUUGUUAUAGCUGAUAACUUCCAAACUAUUUUGUAAAACUACUUUUGUACGAGCUGUCGUAGAACUUCACUCAGAACGAAAAAACUUUAUAAGAGCUGGUUCUAUUGUAAAUACAUUAUGCAUGUACAGUGACUUUAUAGCUUUUCAUUUGUCAAAAGCUGAGAUGACCAACAGAAUAUAAUAUUUUGCUAUGUUUAAGUGCUAACAAACACAACGGAUAUUGAAGAGAGGACUCUACACAGCAAAGCACUUUUUGUCAGAUUCACAUUAAGAAGCAAAGAGAAAAUCAGCGUGAGAUGGGAUCCGGUGUGUUUUUGUGACACUCUUACAAUGUGAUAGUCUACUGUCUGUAAACUGAAAGAAGUACUUUGUAUAUUUUACUAAUGAUAUGAAUAUUUAUUUGGUGCCUGUGUUGUAAGUUAUUGAUAAGACUAUUUUCUGCAUUUUACCAAUGUUGCUAUUUGUUUCAUAGUUUCCACUCACCUGUGCCCUCUGGUUCCAACAUAAAACACAAUGGUACUGACCCAACAAAACAACUGGCUAAUUUGUUCCAUGUGACGAUUUUUCUUUGAUUUGUUCCAACAAGUUUUCACAGCCAUAAAAUCUUAUUAUUUUCUUUUUAAAAGAAGUGUUUUUUGUGGUUUAGUAGAGAGGUAAACGCAGCUCUAUACACCAGCUGCGGAUACAAAAGCUGAAUGUUGUAUUGUUUUC